AUGGAUGCAAGCUUCUAUAGUCUACAAAAGGCCCUUGGAAAAAAAGGGAUUCCAGAGUUUCCAUCUCUUCUACCACACCAGCUCAGAGAUCUCGAAACAACUUGCUGCUUAGGGGAUUUUUACGAAAAGGUCAUCUGUGAGGUUUCUCGAGAUAACAAUUUGAUUCCAAUCCUUUCGUUUGUGACUGGACUCCCUAUUGAGAUCGAUAUAAAGGAAGUCGAAAAGCUCUUGGCAGAAUACAAGCCUGUAAAGGGCGAGUUUUUCCGGGCCGGCCAGCACCUCCACCCUCUCCUUCCGGAAAAGGACGGAUAUCCGGACUUUGUAACAGGAAGUGGUAAGAAGAUUGCCAAGAAAGAGCAGAGAGAUAAGAACGAAGUGGAUGGAGAGUGUAACGUAGAAAGCUACAUAGUGGAUAGGAUUCGGAACGAAAUUCUCGAAAAGGUGAUGGACAUUGGAUGGGAUGAUAUCAUCGGACUAAAGGAUGUUAAGAAAACCAUCAACGAGAUUGUUCUUUGGCCCAUGCAGCGUCCAGAUCUGUUUACUGGCCUUCGGGGCCCCCCAAAGGGGCUUCUUCUUUUCGGACCUCCUGGAACAGGAAAGACUAUGAUAGGAAAAUGCAUUGCAAGCCAGUGCAAGGCAACUUUCUUUUCGAUAAGUGCUUCAUCUUUGACCUCGAAGUGGGUUGGAGAGGGAGAAAAGAUGGUCCGGGCGCUGUUCUAUCUAGCAAGGUCAAUGCAGCCAUCGGUUGUUUUUAUCGACGAGAUUGACUCACUCCUUUCUCAGAGAAGCGACAACGAGAACGAAGGAAGCAGGAGAAUCAAGACAGAGUUUCUGGUCCAGUUUGAUGGAGCAUCAACUUCCAAUUCCGACCGAAUACUAGUGAUCGGCGCAACAAACAGGCCCCACGAGAUAGACGAAGCUGCAAGACGCAGGUUGGUGAAGAGAAUUUAUGUUCCUCUGCCCGAGCAUCUGGGCAGGAGGCAAAUGAUAGAGCAUCUGAUCAGAGAUUACAGAAACAUCCUCGGGCCCCAAGAAUUCGAUGAAGUUGCAGGAAUGACAGAGGGAUACUCUGGAUCUGAUAUCUUUAAUCUAUGCAGAGAGGCUUCCCUAGAACCUUUGAGGGAAAUCGAUGACAUCAAAGACUUCAAGAAUGAAGACACAAGGCCUAUUUCCCUCGAAGACUUUAAGAAGGCUACAAGGCAGAUAAAGAAAAGUGUUUCCGAAAGAGAUCUUGAGAUCUAUUCCGACUGGAAUUCUAAGUUCGGGUCUGUUUCAUAG